GAAGCCCGGUUUUUGAUCAGCGAAGCGGGAAAGAGAUCAGCUAGAGCAGUGGGUGAGAAUGGAGCCACGCCGCGCGUCCUCGAGCUGGGUUUUCAAGGAGACGGAGUACCUGCUAUCUUCCUGCGUCUCUGGGGACUGGCUUGAAGUGACGGUGGAGGGGACGGUCUCUUCAAAUAUCUGGAAGGGAAAAUUCGAGGCGAAACAUAUCGAGGAGCUGACUCGUAAAACUGGAAACUUCAAGCAGUUUCUGGUGUUCACAACUAUGCUGGAAUCAGCCAUCAACAAGUCCAGUGAGAGUGUGACACUCGACCUCUUGACGUAUGCUGACCUGGAGACCCUGAGAGAGAGGAGGAACGCCAUGGCCACCGCCACGUCUGCCGCAGGUCCCGGAGCAGACAGCCACACGCAACCUGCGAGACCCCCAGCCCAGCCUGACACUCCUCCGGGAAAGAGAUACCUCAUCCUCACUUACUCCGUCGAAUUUGACAGGUAAAGCACGGAUAUGAAACAACUACUGCAAACCCCAAUCAUUUAAUUACCCUGUGGUGAUUUAGUAGUUUAUCACAAGUCAACCUAUUUUGCUGCCCGGAAUUUAACAAAUGUUUCCGUGGCAGCGCAUGGCAUCAUGCUCACGGCAAAGAAAAAAGUAAGUUUUGCCUUGCUGGUAUAUAAUAGAUAGAGAAAUGGGUGGAGCCAUGGCAUUUUAACUCUUCCACAGCAUUUUGUAGACAUCUCAAAGCUAGUUUUUGGUGUGCACGAUACCCUGAUAUAGAACUGAUGAGUGUAUGCUCACGAUGUCCAGGAUCCACUAUCCGUUGGCACUGUCCUAUGCCGGGCAGGCUGACUCCGGCCAGCUACGGAGCACCAUCACCAGACUGGCUGCAGAGUUGGAGAAAUACAAGAGACAAGGAAAGAAGAGCUCGGCUCUGGCCAGGCUUCAGAAAGACUACGAUGAUCUACUGAUGGAGAAGGAGGAGUUGGAAGAGGCGGUGGAGUCUCUGCAGACACAACUGGCCGCAGUCGACAGAGGAGGAGGAGGAGGAGGAGGAGGAGGGGGAGGACAGGACAAAAAACAACUCAAAAUGCUGCACGAAGUCAUACGAAAUCUUGAGGAGGAGGUGCUGCAAGAGAGAACCAAACAUCAGAGAUAUGUCAGCAAGAAGACUGAGGAGUUGAGAUCUCUCACUCAGGAGUUGGGAGAACUGAGGUCUUCCGAGAGGACUCUCCGCUCCAGAGUCAGGAACCUCACCAACGAACUGGCUCUACUAAGGAAAGGGAUGCGUUCUUCUCCGUCGAGCUACCUCCAACCAAGACACACACCUCCCUCCUCUUCCUCCUCCGUUUUCAAGAAGACUCCCUCAUCGUCUACUGCUGGCUCUGGCAGUAGACAUAGACACCGACAGAGGAACUCCUCCACCUUUAAGACCUCUGGCUCUCUGGAGAGGAGGAUAGGGAGGAGUAAUAGUGGAUCGUUGGAGAGGAAGAGAGGUGAGAGGAGAAGAGGGGGCAAAAUGUGGGUCACUGGAGAGGGGAGAGAGGGAGGUCAGGGUCCCACGAGAGGGGGGGGG